AAUUCAAUUUAUUGAGCUGAAUCAGGACAAUAGUAUAAAAUCUUAUCCGGGAGAGGAAAGACUUUUUUAAAACACUGGCAUGAAGAGUGAUCUUUUUUUGUGUGGUGGGGUGGGGCUGUGGGGCCCAGGGCCCCAGGGCCCCCGGGUGCGCGCGGCCCUGCUGGUGGUGGAGAAGGAGGAGUGUUCGUCGGAGGACAGUCAGGCAGGAGGACCGCGAUCCCAACGGCAGUUUUGGAGGCACCAAGAGGGGGAAAACUGCGUCCAGUACGGGGAUAACUCAUCAGGGAUAAUCCGACAUGAGUUGGGGAACGGAGCUCUGGGACCAGUUUGAUAAUCUGGACAAACACACUCAGUGGGGAAUUGAUUUUCUGGAGCGUUACGCAAAGUUUGUCAAGGAAAGGCUGGACAUUGAGCAAAACUAUGCCAAGCAACUACGGAGCUUGGUGAAGAAAUACUGCCCAAAACGCUCCAAGGAUGAGGAGCCGAGGUUCACAUCCUGUCUGUCGUUCUACUCCAUACUGAACGAACUUAACGACUAUGCUGGUCAGAGGGAGGUGGUGGCGGAGGAGAUUGCGCACAAGGUGUAUGGAGAGCUGAUGAGGUACAGUCAAGACCUCAAAGCUGAGAGGAAGCAUCAUCUUCAGGAGGGCAGGAAGGCCCAGCAGUGUUUGGAUCAUAGCUGGAAACAGAUGGACAACAGUAAAAAGAAGUUUGAGAGAGAGUGUAAAGAAGCAGAGAAAUCCCAGCUGACCUUCGACCGGUUGGAUAAUGACAUCAACGCCACCAAAUCAGAAGUGGAGAAGGCCAAAGCCCAGUUGUACCUGCGGACUCACAUGGCUGAUGAGAGUAAGAACGAAUACGCCGCUCAGCUGCAGAACUUCAACGCAGAUCAGUGGAAACAUUUCAACAACGCCAUACCACACAUCUUCAAGUCUUCCUCCUCCUCCCGUCCCCGGCCCACCUCCCACCUAUUCCCUCCGACCCGGUUCAGUUCUGACCUUGUGAGCCACUAUCUGUCAGAGAUAAAGACUACAGUACCCAGAAUACCCCAGAAUUUGAGGGUCCUGCGGAGAGGGGCUCCGUCUCUGGAGGAUUUUAGUCACUUCCCCCCGGAGCAGAGGAGGAAGAGGCUGCUGCAGAGGAUCGACGAACUCAACAAAGAGCUCCAGAAAGAGAUGGAUCAGAGAGAUGCCCUGAACAAGAUGAAGGACGUGUACGAGAAAAACCCACAGAUGGGAGACCCCAGCAGCCUGCAACCUAAAAUAUCAGAGACCAUUUGUAACAUGGAGAAACUGCGCUCGGAAAUCCACAAAAAUGAGACUUGGUUAUCUGAGGUGGAGGGAAAGCAGAGCUCCAGAGGAGACAGAAGACACAGCGCUGACAAUCACCAUCAAACUCCUCAAGGCAGAGAAAGUCCUGAGGGCAGUUACACAGACGACACCAGUCAGGAGCAUCACACGCCUCACCGCCGCCCCAGUCCCGCGCAGCCCGGGAACCCCAACCCCCCCAACCCCGACCCCCACGAGUUUGACGACGAAUUUGACGACGAUGACCCGCUGCCUGUCAUCGGACACUGCAAAGCGCUGUACUCGUUUGGUGGUCAGAACGAGGGGACGCUGGUGAUGGCAGAAGAUGAGGUGUUGUACAUCAUCGAGGAGGAUAAAGGCGACGGCUGGACGAGGGCGAGGAAGCAGAGCGGAGAGGAGGGCUACGUCCCCACCUCCUACGUAGAAAUCACCAUGGAGAAAAACAGCAAAGGUGCUGUCACCUACAUCUGACGCCACACUGUCCCCCGACCUCACCUCCAUCCCUCUGUCACUCUCUCCAUCUCCGCUUUCUCCUCCUCCUCAUAACACUACAAAGGAAAAAAAGACAGCAUCUAAACACCUGCACGGACAUUCAUCUCUUUCUUUUUUUCCUGGUUUCCAUCCCAUCUCUUUAUCCCUCUCAGUCUUUCAUCCUCCCGUCAUGUGUGUGUGUGUGUGUAGGACUGUUUCAGAGGUGAGUGUGUGAGUGUGAAGACAAAUGGAAGAAGCUACCUGAUGGUGUGUGAGUGAUGUUUAUCUUGCAUUCGAGGCAUUUCUCUGUUUUUGUGUUACCGAUGUCUCCGCUGCUGUUUCGUGCCCCGUGUCGAGGCCACGCCACUUCUUGUCGAUCAAAGUGUUUCAGAUUGUUUUAUUUAAUAUAUCAGAAACUAUUUUUUUUUAUUUUUAUCCAUUUAUCUUUUAAUUGUUGUUGAUUUUUUUCUUUCUUAAGCUCUUUGGAUUCAAGUGUCGGCAAUUUUAAACGAAAGAUUUUAAUCUGUUCUUUUUUCUGAAAGUGUGCGUGUUUGUUUGUUUGUGUGUGUGUGUGUGUGUCAUCACACUUUUAAGGUGGUAUUACACUUACAGAGGUUUGUCUGUCGUUGAUAAAACAAAACAUUAAAAGUCUUUUGAGAUUAAUUCAGAGCUGAAAACACCAAAACCAACAAUGUUCCUCUCAUUUCCUUUAAACCCUGACUGUGGCACUGCAUGAGGAAGUUCAGUCAUUCAUGUAUCCGCCACUUAAACAACUGCAGGUCAGGUCUGAUGCAGUUUUAGACUUUGAGUAAACAAUUGAUGUAAAGAGACAUUUUUUUUUUCCCCUCCUCUCACUUAAAAAUACAAAAUAAACUGUGUUUGGAAACUGCUCACCUGAGUAUUGACUGCAGCAGAUUCAGUAAGUUAUGAAGGAACAGUGAAAUUCUGCACUGAGUUUAAUGUUUGAUAAAAAAUAAGCUAAUAAUACUACAUUGUUGGUUUUGGACUUUUCAUGGGAUUCAUAGAAGAAAAACUUCUUUUACUCUCCUGUGAAAUGACACCCGGCCGGUCAAAGCCUAAGAAAAUGGUUUUAGUUGUUUUUACAGGAUUGUUCUUCUAGUUCUCUCUGACAGAAUCUUUAUUUUAUGUAAUUCUUGGUCAUUGUUUGAGUCACUGAUUAAAAACAGCUCUGUCACUUUUCUAUUGACGUCCAUGAUGAUAUUAAUCUGUAGUGCAGGUGUUUGACAGUAACUGGACCCGAAUAUAUAUAUAGAAUUAUUUGCAAACCACAGUAACUCCUCCCUUUGUGAAGGCUGCUGUAUAAUUAGAUGUAAUAUUUGAAUAAACUGUCGAAGCAGGAGCAGUUAUAAAGUUCAACAUAGUUACAAGCUCACAACCACAUCAUAGUUUAGUCAUUAUAAACAUUUAAUUAUUUAUAUAUAAUUUACUCUGAUAUAUAUAUAUAUAUAUUUAAUGUCAGACGUCUGUUCUGCUUCAGUUCAUCUCAGACAAAAUAAGGACAGAGAGCAGUAGGAUCUUCUAACGACAUGAACAGACAGAAUCUGCAGGAUACUUCAAAUUUUCUGAAUUUUUUAGUCCUUUGUUGAAUUUUCCGAUCAUUUCGUCCGAUGGAAACUCUCGAGGUCGUUCGGACUCAAACACAGUCUCUCUCUGUGAGCGCUUUCAUUCUGUGACUCUGUUGAAACUCAAAUCGUCUUUUUAUGUGUGUGUGGGUCUGUGUGUGUGUGUGUGUGUGUGUGUGUGUGUGUGUGUUUUAGUAACCGGCCCUCUCCUCUAUGUGACCGCAGGUUCCUGAGGGCUGCAGGGUGGCCGGGCGAUUUGAUUGGCUGGUGGAGGGCUCACGCUGAUUGCUGAUUAAUGGUGGUGUGGGUACACGAGGAAGAGAGAGAAAUAGGAGGGGGAAAAGAGAGAGAGAGAGAGAGAGGUAGAGAGGGAAUAAAGAGAGCGGAAGUGGGCUGGGAGGGAGGUCUGCAUGUCUGCAUGCUCACAUGAUCGGCAUUUGCGGGGUUACGAGAGAAGGGAGGGAGGGUUGUUCUGAACGUCGAAGCCGCACGCUGGCAAUCAUUUACGGGAUCCCCGAUGUUACAGUUGGAUCCUCACAGGAGAAGAAGAGCUCGUGGAACAGGAAACGAUCACAAGCUGCAUCUAUUUGGUGAAGAUGCCGAUGACACAAUAUCCCAGCGACUCUGUCCGCAGAGGAGCGUCAUCAAUGUAGUUAUGAAGUAAACGGACCCGGGGAUGUCCUCGGUCAAGCUCGUGAGCAGAUCCAGAUGUUGGUUUGCUUUUUCAAUUUUCAGUAUUUCCCCAAAUCUGACUCCCAACACAACAAAACGUUUCCUCUGAACUUUUAGUUCAAACUCAGCGUUUCACAUUAACUCCCAGGCUCAGGUCGUUCACAGCGUCUGCUCACUAACAGUCAGUGCCGCUCUGCUCCGACUCACCCCCGUCAUCAUCGUCGUCCUUAUCUGUGCUCUGUCGGUGAUGUCUGCCUGCCUGAGCCACUCUGCUCCUCAUGCCUGUCCUCACUCAUCCAGUCGCAUGUUUUUAACAUGUCAUUGUCAACCGUGACCGGGUGACCGUCACUGCAACCUUUCUUGUGUGUGUGUGUUUGUGUGUGUGUGUGUGUGUGUGUGUGUAACGUUGUUGAAUGCCUCAUCAUCACGAUGUGUUCAUGUACCUCCAGCAUGAGUUUGAUUUCUUUAUGUUUGUUGAAUGUCUCCCGAACAGCAGCUGGGUAAUAUCAGAUCCUCAUUAGGCAGAUAGCAGGACUAUCGGGUGAAAACAGCCCCUCUCUCCUCCUCCUCCUCCUCCUCCUCCUCUUUCUCCUCCUUUCCCACCUUUCCUACUCUCUCCUGUGGUUGUAAUUCCACCAGCUGACCAGCAGACGGCAGUCUCUCUUCACCUUAACCGGACUGGGCCACUUUCUUUUUCUUUUCUUUUUUUUGACAACACCGAACAAACGAGGAGCUCCGGACGUUGCAGGUCAGAUUCUGCCUUAAAACUUCACGUUGUUGGUUUUUUUGUUUUUUUUCUGUGGAUGGAUUUUUUUUCCCCCACACACAUCUCCCAUCAGGCACCUGGGCUCGGCCCUGGCAUCGGUGAGGGGACUCAGCUUCAUCUACGUGAAAAGUUUUUCCUCAUUCAAUCGGUUGUAUUUGUGAAUGUGACGACACGCACGCAUGAAUCAAGAGAACGUGUACGCACAAACACGGGACGCCAGUCAGAUCAGAAAUACAGUUUGGCGUCCCGCACACUCUAACGUGUAAUUGUGUGUGUACAUGUGUGUUACAUGUGUGACGUUAGUUUUUACCAUUGAAUGAUUUGUACAUAUUAACAUCUCUUAUGUCAUGUUGAAUGUGUUUCCAUGGUGACUGUUUUUAGGUUUGUUUGAUUGACGCUCGUCAAGAGACAAAAAGGUUUGAAUGGAACCGAUGCACUUUGCCCUUAAGUACUACAGCAAAUGAAUCUGAUUAUAAAUGAGCGAGUGAAUAAAUGAAUGUGUGAUCUUUACGAGUGAAUCUAAAAAAAAAAAAAAAAGAAGGAAAAACAGCGUAGAGUAAUUUUCUCUUUCGAAACGGUUUUAUACUUGUUUUCUAACUCGUCAGAAAACUUCUUUUGCAUGAUUUUCUAUAGAUUCUCAUUCACUCUGGUGAUUUAUGUUUUUAACCACUCACCGUAUCUGUUCAGUAGAAAAACAAAAUGACUCAAAGUUGGACUUAGUUCUGAUGAUAUUUAAGAAUAAAGAAGCCACUAGCUCUCAGAGCAGCAUGUGGCCAAGCCGGAGUGCUAAUCUGUGUUUCUGCGAUGAAGCUGUGAAAUGUACAGAGCGAAGCUGUAGAUGUUGUUACUUGAACUUUCCCCGAUUUCACGACUCCACAUUUCCUCGACCGUCUGGGACCUUUCUUGUAUCGGACAUUAAAGGGGUAUUUCAGAGAUUUUAGUUUUUCACCGGUGAGAGACGGAUCUAAACGAGUAGUAGCUUCACUUUUAGCUCCUGAUGUGGCUCAAACUCUACAUUUCUGGGACGUUAUUAGGAUUUAACGACGUCGUUCUGCUGAUUUGGAUUUAAGAUUUUUCGGGGAUGCAAAAUGGCAGUUCCUUCAGUUUUGCCCCUUUUUCAUGACGAUGCCUUUUUAAGUACAAAGAUCCAUCAAUGCUUUUUUUUUUUUCUUGUCCAGAUCUGAUUUCAUAAAUGUCUCCAGCUAAUUAAUCAACCCACCGUUUAUUUUCUCAAUUAGAAAAUUCAUUUUUUUUUGCUAUAAGAGUCGAUGUCUUCAGUUGUCAUGUUGUCUUGCAGCAGUUUUUUACUAAAGCAACCACCGCUUUUUAUUCUUGAUUUAUCAUGUGGUCAGUGAAAUAAUAAUUUAUAUCAGAAUCUUGAAGAGCCCGAGGCGACGUCUUCCAGUUUCUAGUUUUGUUCAAUAAAAAAAAAAAAAAUCCAAAACCCAAAGAUUUUCACUCA